AUUGACAACUCUCACUACUUCUCACGUGAUAAUUUUUAUUUAAAUAUUCACCAUUUUCUUCUCUAAACAAAAGGAGGCGAACUGCUACUUUUCACGUCAUGCAGUCACCGCUUUCAUUUUCUGCUCCCAGCAUAAAUAUGAGCAUGAAUGUUAAGAAGAAUUUGGAGUCGAGGAAAAAAUAUGUCAAGAAACAACUAUCCCAGCAAGAAGAUAUCUGCUCAUCGGAAUUUUUCGACUUAUUAUCUGAAAAUGAGACAGAGAUCCGGACGUCACAUACAAGCCCUGUCAGUCAUCUCAGCUCGUCCCAGUCUAUCUCCUCCAACAAGCUUGUUCCCGAAGGAGGGUGGGGAUGGGUGGUGUGCGCCACUGCGUUCCUUGCGCAGUUCAUUGUGUUUGGGAUCCAUAACUCCUUUGGAAUUCUUUUCACGUUUCUUUUGGACGAAUUUAGGAAAAGUAAAGCUUCGACAGGUAGCGGUGUUGGCACGCUGACCUUCGGCCCGCUCCUCCAGUACUUACUGAAGACCUAUGGCUUUUCUUCCACCUUACGAAUCCUCUCAGGGGUAAUGACUCUACUGCUUGCCGCGUCUCUGACUUACAAGCGCUUUGAGUCGCCCUUGCAGUUCUGCACCAAUCAGAAGAAGACGUUCUUGGACCUUACCCUUUGGUUUAACAAAGCGUUCAUCACUUACACGAUCGCUGUGACGUUGUUCAUGCUUGGAUACUUUUUUCCCUAUGUGCAUAUGGUUAGUCACGUGGUGUCAUUCGGAAUCCCCACAUCCGACGCCGCCCUACUUAUCGGCUACAUGUCCAUCUCUUCGACCAUUAGUCGGAUCAUUUUCGGAAGGUUUUUGGACCACCCGUGCGUUAAUCGACUAUACAUGACCCAGUUCGCCAUUGUAGGGUUCGGGAUUACUACCACUCUCUGCCCUAUCGCACGUGAAUAUGGAUCCUUUGCAGUUGUCAUGGUGAUGCUAGGGCUGUUUGACGGGAUAUACGUGGUGUUGAUAACUGUGCUUGUUAUGAGUAUUAUCGGAGCUGACAAGUUGAACAUGGCGCUCGAAAACCUCGGACCCCCGGUUGCUGGACUGGUGUAUGAUGCUCUCUUGUCCUACGACACCGCGUUCUACAUCAGCGGCGCCACCACGACUCUCUCUUCGCUUCUCAUGUUUCUCAUCCCGUGGCUUCUCCCAGACACGCGGAACGGCAACUUCAAGCGGGACUCGGUCGGUAACCGUAUUGGCUCCAUCCUGAACUCCCUACACACCAUAGAAGUGUCCGAGAAUAGGUCCGCCCCAGCGUCCGGUUCAAGCAGCCUUAGCAACUGUUGCAACCUUCUGGACUUCACCAAUUCCGAGAAAAGCAACUUCCUGGAACUUCCAAGGGUCCAGUCACAAUCAUCCAUCGCAACUUCCAAGAACACUAUUUAUAACCGGUACAUGCCACGCCAAGGAUCCGUGACAAAAACCUUGUUGUCGCGCCAGUUGAGGAGUGGUAGCCCUGUACAUAAUGUCGGCCUGAGAAAUCCCGGGUUAAUGCGCGGCAGUCUAGGCAUGUUGCGAAGGGACUCGGCCCCAGCCCUACCCCAUUUCAACCGUGAAGAGCCUGGGGUGUCUUCAACUCGCCGAGAUUCCGCCCCGUGCACUGGCCUUGGUCUCUCCCAGUCUCCAAUCGCUCUAAUGUCUGUGUGCGAAAGCCCUUUUCGCGUAAUGCAUCGAGAAUGAUUGUCAAACCAGAGGACGAAUUGCAACAAUCGGCGAAUUAUGCUCUCAUGAAGGAGGCGAUAGUUUGAAAAGCGACUCCUUAAAGCUGCCUAUCUGCCGGUCUCCUGACUGCCGACGGAACCAAAACCGACAAGAGACAAAGGAAUUUAUUAGAAUUCGCUCUUCUGUAUGGCUGGUGAAAGACUAGUUAAACCCAACGAAAAUCGCUAAAACUCAGUCAGAAGAACAUUAAGGACACCAAGCAAAUAUAUAUAGUAUUUCAGGAAAUUUUAUUAAGAUGAAGAGAAAAAGUUAUACGCUCAAAAGUCACCAUAUAUUCUGUAGUAAAUCGUCAAAUGUAAUGAUCCUGAGCUACCUGUGAUGUUAGCUCUAGAGCGAGGAAGUCACUAUUCGCACAUGAUCUUACGCCGAAUUCCAAACUCCAGGAAAGUAUAUAGGCUAUUUCUGCAGUCAUCAUGUGCAGAUGGAAUUUUACAAGCAAGAAAUGCAGUAUGGAUAGGUCAUUCUAUGUUUGUGAAAUUCGUAACAUUUGCACGCCGAUUUCGUCCGCCAUCUUGGAUCUGUAAUCUGCCAGUCGUUAUCUUUUUUCCGUCUCCGCAUCAGGGUUCCAGUGGAUGUCCCCGCAACAGCAAAUAACGACUGGGUACGAGUCUGCAUAAAAUUCAAGUUUUGACAUAAAAACAAUAAAUAGGUCGGCAGUUCUCCCUAUAUCGACGUCACAGAUUUUUAGAAUUAUUGCUGCUCUAAUUACCUAAAUAAAAUGGCGAAGACAAAAGUAAUUUCGUACUAUUUAAAACAAAAAUCAAGUAUAGCAAAGAGUCGCUGUAGUCUCCAUAGAACCAUCCAAUGUCCACUAGGACAUUGGGGGUGGGGGGGGGGGUGUAGGGCACUGAUGCGCGUGGCAGUAUGUCCCCCUCCCUCCCCCUUAUCCCUGCUGUGUGUUUCAGUGUAUAAUUUUUUCGACAACUCCGUUUUUAUAAUUAUCAUCUGAUUGAAGAUAUUGAAAAUAAAGCGGAUAAAGAUAGGGAUGUUUACAUUACUGUCUAAUGCUCUUGAAGAUAUUGAAAAUAAAGCGGAUAAAGAUA